AUGCUUGGUGGUUCCUCGCCUCUAUGGGCGUUCAUCAUCGAUGAUGGUGGCUACCUUCAUCUGUCGUCCUCAUGGGUAUCUUUUCCUACCUCUCUUGUCCCUUUGACUUCGACGGGCGGUAGUUUCUCGCCUCUAUGGGCGUUCAUCAUCGAUGAUGGUGGCUACCUUCAUCUGUCGUCCUCAUGGGUAUCUUUUCCUACCUCUCUUGUCCCUUUGACUUCGACGGGCGGUAGUUUCUCGCCUCUAUGGGCGUUCAUCAUCGAUGAUGGUGGCUACCUUUAUCCGUUCCUCCUUUUAUUAUCUUCUCUUGCCUCUUUCCCCUUGGUUUUGGCGGUUGGUGGUUUAUCGCCUCUAUGGGCGUACUCCAUCGAUGAUGGUGGCUACCUUGGCCCGUCGUGCUCUUGUUAUCUCCUCCUACUUCCGUUCUCCGUUGUAUUUCGGUGA